CCGCGGGCUGACAUGUCGAGCUGGUUUCUGCUUUUGCACCGCUUGAAGGACGCGCUCAGAAACAAUUACAUAUCUUCAAAGGAGGCUUCAUGAAGUUAUCAGCGUCAUUGUUAUGUGGCAGCGAGCAGCCCGGCGCGCGCCGCGUUUCUUUAUUCCGGAUAGAAGGUUUCCAGGUCGAUCGAUAGACUUAAUCCUUUUAUUAAGUGUGGUGUCGGUUCAUUGUUGUGGUUUUUGUGGAGAAAGCCUGCCGGUCAGCCAUGUAUAACACCGUCUGGACGUCGGACAGAGGCGAAGCGGAAGCGGACUGGAGGUACGUCACCAUGCCGUAUUCCACCGAGCUGAUCUUCUACCUGGAGAUGGAUCAGCCGCCAGCCCUUCCUCCAAAACCCGCCAAGUCCCAGCAGCCCUCCACAGUGGGUGGGGGCAACAGUGCCAAAGAUGGAGGGUCGCUGCAGGAGGCUGAGUGGUACUGGGGAGACAUAUCCAGGGAGGAAGUGAAUGAUAAACUCAGAGACAUGCCUGAUGGGACCUUCCUGGUCCGCGACGCCUCCACCAAGAUGCAGGGCGACUACACGCUCACGCUGAGAAAAGGGGGCAACAACAAGCUGAUAAAGAUCUACCACCGGGACGGGAAGUACGGCUUCUCAGACCCGCUGACCUUCAGCUCGGUGGUGGAGCUCAUCAGCCACUACAGACACAAGUCUCUGGCUCAGUACAACACCAAGCUGGACGUCAAACUUAUGUACCCCGUCUCCCGCUUCCAGCAGGACCAGCUGGUGCAAGAAGACAGUAUUGAUGCUGUGGGGAAGAAGCUGCAGGAAUACCACAAUCAGUACCAGGACAAGAACAAAGAGUAUGACAGACUGUACGAAGAAUACACUAAGACAUCGCAGGAGAUCCAAAUGAAACGAACAGCCAUUGAAGCCUUCAAUGAGACCAUCAAAAUCUUUGAGGAGCAGUGCCAUACGCAAGAACACUACAGCAAGGACUACAUCGAGCGCUUCCGCCGUGAGGGCAACGACAAAGAGCUAGAGAGGAUCACCAUCAACUACAAGAAGCUCAAGUCUCGGCUGUGCGAGAUCCAUGACAGCAAGGUCCGGCUGGAGCAGGACCUCAAGACACAAGCCAUGGACAACCGUGAGACGGACAAAAAGAUGAACAGUCUGAAGCCAGACCUCAUCCAGCUCCGCAAGAUCAGGGACCAGCACCUCGUCUGGCUCAAUCACAAAGGCGUACGUCAGAAACGAAUCAACGACUGGCUGGAAAGCAAGAACGACAACGCCGACGGGGGUUACUUUGUGAACGAGGAGGAUGAGAAGUUGCCACACUAUGAUGAGAAGAGCUGGUUUGUGGGUGACCUGAACAGGACACAGGCGGAGGAGCUGCUGACCGGGAAGCCAAACGGAGCGUUUCUCAUCCGAGAAAGCAGCAAAAAGGGCUGCUACGCCUGCUCGGUGGUUGCUAAUGACAAGGUGAAGCACUGCGUCAUCUACAGCACAGCGCGCGGCUUUGGCUUUGCCGAGCCGUACAACCUGUACAGCAGCCUGAAGGACCUGGUGCUCCACUAUCACCAGACCUCCCUUGUGCAGCACAACGACGCACUCAACGUCUGCCUCGCCUACCCCGUCUACGCACACAUGCCAUCUGGAGGCAGAUGAACCUCCGUCCACACACGCCACCGCUAACCAACACCAGAUCCAAAUGGACGACAUGCUGCGAGCCGCGUCAGGCACGUGGAGUUUCUAUAUUUUUACCGGAACCCCUUCGGAGGGCAUUCUUUCUAACGACUGCUUGAUUUGCACAAGGACGUUUGAAAUGUUUGUGAAUGUGAAAACAGGAAGUGGAGGAGGAGACUUCAGCGUUUCAGGUUGAUGCUGCUGCUACUUACAUGCGAGCGCAGAGAACGACGACGGCGAACAUUCCCCCCUUUUUCCACAUCAGAUGCUUUUAUUAUUAUUAGUAUUUUUAGUAUUUUUGGUUUUUGGACUCGUCAUGUUUAAGAUAUUUGUGAAGAUGUCAUUUUCUUUCUGUAUGAAAAGCAAACGCAAUGUAGCAUAACGAGCUAAUGGAUGCUUAUUUGAAAAUGUUCCUCCAUGUAAACGCUGCUGAAGGGUUUAGGGGCGGAGUCUUCUUUAGCAGGCUCGGUCAUGCUAGCAUUUUAAAACCAAAAGCAGCUUUCUGUUUAUCUGCCAUUUAGAGAUUUGUUGAUGGUAAUAAAUUAAAAUUUGUGCUGUCAGGGAGCUUUGGUGAACUUUGACCUCGAAAUUGUGCUAACCUUAGCGGUAAUGUCAGAUACCAUCAUGUGAUCCAGGACAAAAGUUCUGUAUCAGAGUAUAACGUCUGCACGUAGUGUAGUGAGCUAGCUAGCGUGCAGUUUCUCAAACUAUGUCAUCAUGCUGGGUCACAUGAUCAUCAAAUAAGUUUUAAUAAAACAUUAAUUGCUCAACUUUUACCACAAACUCUUAAACUGCACUAAACACCACGUGGCGUUUAGCACAGUUUCAUACAUGUUUGUAAGUGAUGGCCAAAUUGAGGCCUUAUGAAGCAUUUGGUGUUUUUUUUCCUUAGGCCACUAGAUGGCAGUGUCUAUUCAAAAAAAGGGGUCUAAGGAAGCUGAAGGUCAUUGUGCUUUGAGUUCUUUUCUGAAUAGACACUGCCAUCUAGUGGCCUAAAAAAACACCAAAUGCUUCAUAAAGCCUUGUUUUGCCGUCACGACUGUCGGUGCCUCCACCUUUAAGUCAUUAAACACAGCAUACUGUUACAGCAGGUUUAAGAAUUUGUGAUCAAAGUAAUUUGAUGAUCAUGUGACCCAACAUGAGGUCAGUUUUUCAAACUGGUAAGAGGCGGAGCUACAACUCUACUGAUUUCUGAAAGCAGCCCUUCCUUCACUACACUUGGCACAGAGUUCUCCCGAUCAGGAAUUCUACACAGCAAAAAAAAAAAAAAAAAACACAAAACAAAAAACACUUAUUUGGUAAUGGACACUGAGCCAUCUUUGCUCAGUGUCUUGAGUUGAUGAGAACAAUCAGGUGUUGCGUCCGUCAUUAAAUGACACAUUUAAUCUGUUUUAUUUUGUACUUUAUACUCUGAGUGAACAUUUAAAAAACCUAUAAAAUCUAAUCUGUCAGGUGCGUUCAUGAUCCGGAAAUGGAAACUUUUGCAAAUGAUUUGAAGCCUUUCACAUUUUUUUUUUUUAAAAAGGUGGUGAUGGUGAUUUGAACGCUGACAUCAUGACCUACCAGAACAUCGACAAGCUUCCUGUUCAGUUUACAUUCUAGUGUGACUGAGCCCAUAGGAGGACUAAACACUAAUUUAGUCUAAUUAGUUCAAUUAGGGGAAGGGGAGGUGAUGGUCAAGUGUUGGGCUUGAGACGAAAGGGUCAUUGGUUCAAAUCCCAGCCCAACUGGAAAAUCACUGAGGGCCCUUGGGCAAGG